AUGCUCAAUGCGAAGGAUCGAAAUUUCGGGUACCCGGUAUGAAUUAUGGAUAGGUAUUCUUCUUCGAUUGAUAUUGAAUCAAGGCUUGCUUAAUACCUUGCGAAAGUACUGAUAUUCGUUCGAUACCAAACGGAAUUGCAAAUAAGUUCUUCCAAUAUAUACCAUAUAGAAGAGAAUAUCAAGUAAAGGAAGAAACGAGUCGAUAUUGUCAAGUUUUGCAACAAUAUCGUGUCUGCCUUGUGAAUUUCAAAACAGCAAGCGUCGAUCGCUAUGCCGAUCGAUAUUUGCGU